AUGCCGCGCAACUGUUGCGUGCCGUUGUGUUCCACGAAUGCAUCGAAGGACCCGCAAAUACGCUACCACGAGUUUCCCAGUAACGCAGAACGCAGGGCAGCAUGGCUGCGAAACCUUUCCCGUGAAGGACCCGGCGGGAAGGGAACAGUAUGGCAGCCGAAUGACACGUCCCUGGUGUGCGCCUUGCAUUUUACGGAGCAGGACUACAAGAAGACCGAGAAGUUGAGGAUACUUUUUCCAACGGCUGUGCCGACAGUGUUCCCCGGUUAUCCAAGCUACAUGAGCACGAGGAGCACGCCUGCUCCGAGGAAGAAGCGGCCAUGCUUGGAAAUAGAAGACGAUAAUGUGCAGUCGCGUGCCGAGUGCUCAGGCAAUGCUGCUUCAAAAGACAGGCCUGUCAGCCAAAACGACUCGUCAAGUGACAGCACUGAAGCCACGACGCCCAACAACUCUGAACUAGGGAAUGAAACGGAAAAGAAAGGGCCUGGCCGCAUCUUUGCAGAGCCGACCUCGCCACCACUCCACCUCGAGGAAGAAAAGAGCACCGGUCCCCCUUCUCCAUCCCCAUAG